AUGCCAAAUCGUUACUCCAGCAAUAGGGACCACCCAGUUGAGCGCUACCAAGACUACGAGUGGGAUGGGAAGCUUUUCCUUAUGUCCUAUGUUACCGGAUUUUAUGAUAAGUGGAUGAACGUCUAUGCGUAUGGGGGAGCCACCCAUCACGAGGGGAUCCAAAAGCUCAUCCACACUUUACCACCGCCUUGGGACGAGUGGACCGCUCAGGCAUCUCGGUUUUUCAUAUGGUAUAGCCCGCCUGACUACACCGCGUGGGGUGAUUUGGUUGGCCUUAUAGAGGUGCUACUUCCGGCUAUGACAACUGCUUUUGACGGACCGCCACGUGCUCCACCUCCACAUAUCUAUCCGCCUAUUCAAGCCCGCAUGCGAAGGAAUCGCUGCGACAUGGAGCCACAUGUCUCCCGUGUUCCUAAGAGAAUGAGACUCGGGAUGCGCGUUUCAUACCCUCUAAGAAUCGACAGAGAGGUCGAUGGGAUGCCCGGGAUAGUACCUCCACCCGUAGGUGUCGAGGAAGAAAGUGAGGAAGAGGAUCCAGAGGAGGAUCCUGAGGAGGAGGAACCCGAGGAGGAGGAGGACCCAAAUAGAGAGAGCGUUGGAGAGACCGGGGCGAAGGAGGAUAAGGAUGGAAAAGAUUAA